AUGACUCUUUCAGUACUCUCGUGGCUUCGGAGAUUAUACUCCCUUGAUACUCUAGAUACCCGCCUUACUACCUCUUCUACUACUCCGCCCAAAGCUGCCGCGGGUCACACGCGAGCUCCCUCCGCCAGAGAUGCCCGUGCCAUUGCGAUUGCGCGCAAUGCUCCUCCUCCGAAAUGGCGAACUUUUGAGUUCUACAUCUACUAUGUGAUCUUCUUGAUCGCUGUGCCGUUGAUGUUCAUCACGGCCAUUGGGGUAUCGCAAGAGAGCCAUCCUUCGUAUCCGACUUACGCUCAUUUGCUGUCGCCUGGCUGGAUACCUGGACGUCAAGUUGACAACUCCGAUGACCAGUAUUCCUCGUUCCGCGAUAACAUACCAUACCUGUUGCUGCUACUAGUCGGACACCCAUUGCUUCGCCGCCUAUACAACAGCUAUGUACGCCCAGUCGCUGGAGAUAUCGGGCCUUCAAAGGCUUCUCCGGCAGUUCUUGCUGCGGAUGCUCGUCUCAACCAGCGGAUAAGCUUCGACUUCUAUUUCGCGCUUGUCUUCAUAACAGCCCUUCACGGUGUUUCCGCGCUGAAGGUCCUCGCAAUCCUAUAUGUGAACUACAAAAUCUCCAAGAAUCUCCCCAGGAAGUACAUCCCUGCGGCAACUUGGUUGUUCAAUAUUGGAACGCUGCUUGCGAAUGAACUCUGUUCCGGCUACCAUUUGGAAUGGGUGGCUUCUUUGUUCGUGUCUCCGAGUAGUGCAGACAAGGAAGCGCCCUUGAUACUCUGGGGUCGCUACCUUGAUGGUUUUGGUGGUAUUAUGCCCCGAUGGGAGAUUCUCUUCAACAUUACGAUCCUUCGAUUGAUUAGUUUCAACAUGGAUUACUAUUGGAGCCUCGACUACCCCGCUGCCAGUCCCAUUGAAAAACAAGUCGAUCCUGCAGCACUGUCAGAGCGUGACCGUGUCAGUAUCCCCGCGGAACCAAUUGCAUUCAAUGGGCGCUAUUACCUUGCCUAUGUUCUCUACGCUCCGCUGUACUUGACGGGCCCUAUUUUGACCUUCAACGACUACAUCUCCCAGCAAAGAUACGCACCUCCAUCUCUUACGCGGACCCGAACAGUACUCUACGGUGUCCGUUUCUUCCUGACACUACUCGCCAUGGAGCUCAUACUUCAUUUCAUCUACGCCGUGGCUAUCUCGAAGGCGUCCCCCGACUGGUCCCUGUACACAGCUGGCGAACUCAGCAUGUUGGCAUACUUCAAUCUGCACAUCAUCUGGCUUAAACUUCUGAUUCCAUGGCGGUUCUUCCGUUUCUGGGCAUUAGUCGACGGAAUUGACCCGACCGAAAACAUGAUACGUUGCGUUUCGAACAACUACUCUCCCUCCUCCUUCUGGCGCGCAUGGCACCGCUCCUUCAAUCGUUGGAUUGUGCGCUAUCUCUACGUGCCCCUAGGUGGAGGCAGCAGAGGAAGUGCCGACCGCGGCAAAUCUUCCGGUAUCUACGCCAAGGCCCGCCAGAUCUUCAACACGCUUAUUGUCUUCACCUUUGUUGCUCUCUGGCAUGACAUCAACCCUCGUCUCCUCAUGUGGGGCUGGCUUAUAACCCUCUUCGUUCUGCCCGAAGUCAUCGGCAGACUACUGUUCCCAGCCAACAAAUGGCGUUCCCACCCGACAGCGUACCGUGUCCUUUGUGGAGUUGGAGCAGUCGGCAAUGUUCUAAUGAUGAUGAUCGCGAACUUGGUCGGAUUCGCGUUAGGGUUGGAUGGAUUGGAGGGCCUUUUGGCUGGUAUGUUAGGGUCCUGGGCCGGCAUCAUCUACCUCAUCUCAGCGUGUUGUGCUCUGUUCGUGGGAGUGCAGGUUAUGUUUGAGAUUCGUGAAGAGGAAGCACGGGCUGGUAUUGACUUGAAAUAUUGA